AAUGAGAAUGUUGCCCAUAUUGAUAUUCCAUUAUUGCUGAAAAAGAUUGUUGAUGGUCAUUUGUAAGCAUUGCAUGUUGUGGUUUUUGCUGUAUCUAUUAAAAAAAAAAUUAUAAAUCUUUCGAAAUUAAUUUUAUAUACAAUUUUCACGAUUUUUUUUGUUUUUUUUUCAUAUAUUUCAGGCAUAAUUUAACAGAGUUUAAGAUAAAUUAAUGAACAAUUUAAUAAAAACAAAGUAGUGAAUAAUGUUUAUAGUAUAAUGUGUUGUAUAUCUGUUUCAUCAUAUGUAAUUCUAUUUUUUGUUUAAAAAUAUUUGAAGUGGAAAUUUAGUGCACAAACUAAAAGUACAAAAAAAAAGAAUUAAAAUUUAUAGGAAUAGUUGAAUGUUAAGUAAAAUAUAACAUUGUUUUUUUGUAAUAUAUUUAGAAAAAAAAUGUAAAGAAUUCUAAAUAAAAUUAAAAAAAAAAUAUUAUAAAAAACAAUAUGAGAAAAAAUAUUGUAUUCGAUAUCUAUUGUGGAAAUGCGCUAUGGUCUGUCCUUCUCUGCUAUGUUAUGACUUACUAUGUCGUCGUCUGUCGUUGUAUGCCGUGGUAUGUCCUUCUUUUCUAUAUUAUAAUUUGACCUAGUGAACAUCGUCGUAUUGUAUAAUGUAUUAUGCCGUGAUGUGUCCCUCUUGCUUUUUCUCUUACUCUCUAUGCUGUCAUCUGUCCUAGGAGAGAUCAUUGUAUAUCGCCUUUCCUAUAAAUAGAGCGAAUUUUCAUAUAAUCUAUUCAUUCGAAAAUUAACACAACAGCGAUCACAUCAAAUUAUCUUCUACAGUCACAACUGCAACAGCAAUAAUAACAACAGCUCUUACUUACAACUAUUUUACUAAGGUUAGUUAACAUUUAUUUUUAUGGAUUUCAUCUUUUAAAGUUUCAUAUGUAUAUACAUAUAUGAAUGUAUACAUUAUUUCAUUGUAUUAUGGUACAAUAUUGUAUGCUUAUAUACAUAUUAGAAAUUUCAAUACAGUAACACAUAUUAUAAAUAUGAAAUUCUUUACAAUAGAGUUUCGUUAAUUUUUUUUUAAAUAUGGAUUUAAUAUUUUUUUUUAGAUUCAAUUUGAAAACAAUAUGGAUAUUCAACAAGAAAAAAAUUCAAUCAACAAUUCAACAUCCACUACAAAUACAGCAAAAACCACAACAUGCAAUGCUUACAAAUGACCAUCAACAAUCUUUUUCAGCAAUAAUGGAAUAUCAAUAUGGGCAACAUUCUCAUUAUUUUCGACUUCAACAGUUACAUCAACCACUACAAGGAAAAGAAUUAUUUGGAGAACUAGAAGAAGAAUUAUGGAAUGAAUUAGAAAAACUCGAACAAAAUGAAGAACAACAAAAACAGAAGAAACAAGUAUGGGAAGAACUUUGUUUACAAUUAUUUGAAUUGGAUGAUGAAUUCAAUGAAGAUGAUAUGGAACAUCGAAGAAAUAGCACGCCUGUUGAACAUAUGGAAGAUGAAGAACAAUGUAAUGUGAAGCCAUCUACCAUUCAACAUAUGGAAAAAAUAAAAGAAGAUGUUACUCUUGGACCACCUGAUUUUGUUGAAGCAUUUCAACGUUUUGGUGUACAUGAACAUCGCAAUUAA